ACAACAAUAAACACAGUGUGCUAAGAAACGUCACUAUACAUACAGAAUGAAAAAAAUAAAUAAAUAAGAAGCCGACGAAAUAAGAAUAAGAGAAAAAGUCGACGAAAUACGAAGAAAAAAGGAAUAAUUCACUCUGAGUUGACAUAGACAUUGACACAGGCACAAAUAUUUUAUUAUUCUGCUAUUUAUUUUUCAAGUUUUAAUAAUUUGCAGAACAAACCAGACAAAUUCAAAGCAUAACCUUAUUCAACAUGAGCGAGUCGCAAAAUAUGAGUGAAGAAGACAGGAACACAAGUGAAAUGUCACAAACCGAGUUUAAUGCACUGAACAACGAUUGUAUUCUACACAUUCUCGAUUGGCUGUCGAUUAAAGAGCUGGCAACAAUAAAAAUGACAUGCAAACGCCUUUAUUUGCUCGCAAAUGAACAUUUUUGUCGCACAUAUAAAAAUGGUUGUGUUCAUUUAGAAGAAAUGUUCAAAGAGCUUGAUAUCUCAGUUGAAAACAAGUAUUCAACAUCUUUUAAAUAUUAUAUGCCAAAAAUACACAGUGCAAAUGCAGCAAUUGAGACAUUUAACGUGAUUGGACAGAAAACGAUACAACCUAUAAAAUAUUUACGUUUCUUCUGGGCGAAUUUCAACCAAAACAAUGACGUUUUACAACAAAAAUACGUAAAAGAUGUUCUAAAAAAUGUUGAAAUCGUUAAUAUUCAUGAUUGCUCUUCAAUUGAUUGUUUAUUGAGAAACUGUACAAAAUUGGAGUACUUGGUUCUUAGUGGAGUUGGGUCGAAAGAACUGCUACAUACAUAUCCAACGCUGAAGCAAUUACAAUGGGGUUCGGCAAAUUUUCCCGUUGAGCUGAAGGAAUUCUUAAUGAGAAAUCGAAAUAUUCGAGCACUUUCUACUUCUAAUGACAACACAAUUAAAAUAACGAACUGGCUACUUGACACCGAAAUUAAAUUAGACGAUUUGGUAUUGAAAAUAUCAAUAACAGUGAAGAAAGGAUUUAAAAAUAUGAAGCAAAUAAUCGAAAGUUUGCAUUUACUCCAUAAAAAUCAACAGAUCAAAGCAUUACAUUUGAAAAUUAUGGACUCAGACUUUUUGCUUCAUCCAAAUUGGACGGAGCCGGAGUUCUUGGAAAGUAUUCAUAUCGAUACGGUGGAUUGUGAUAGGAAAUUAGUCGAUGUGGUUAGCCGUAUGGUGAAUCUGAAAUUUUUGUUUUACUAUAACAGAUGGGAUAAUAUAAAUCAACAGAUUGGAUUGUUGGCACAGAAAUUGACAAAAUUGGAAGAAUUACAUAUUGUUGAUAUUUUUUCGAUCGAUAAGAUCAUUCCAUUUGUGCAAAAUUUACCAAAACUACAAAUUAUUUAUGUAAAGUGUUUUAGAAGUGGUUAUAUCAAUUUCGCAAACGAAAUAAAUAUCACGCUACAAUCGUUGGACAAAGAUCGUCGCAAGCUGAAAAAUCCAUGUAAAUUGACCAUUUACGUUAAUGAAAAUUGGUAUUUGCAAAUUAAAUCCAAUUCAAUGACAAACAGUUACGGUUUGGUGGAGGUCAAGCGCACCGAUUCAUAUCCACUUUCGAAGCAUCCGAUACGACCAAACUUUGAUGAUUAGUUCCAGAAUGGAAACAUGUAUGAUUGAUUGAGACGAAACAAAAUGAACAUUUUGAGACAAUAGGGUUUAAAAUUUAUAUUUUUGUGCAAAAUACAAAAACAAAAUUACAUGUUUCGAAUAAAAUUGACGAUCGCUUUAACGUACAAAGAAUUUAA